AAGUGUAUCAUAUCUCUUACUUCUAAAGUCUAUUCAAGUUUUCACAUUUCUCUCAAAGUCUCAAAACUUGGUAUACCAAAAAAAACAAAAACACAAAAUAUCUUCGUGUAUUCAUUCUUUUCUCCAUCAGUAUUAUUAUGAAUGCCAUGAAAAGAAGUAGAGAAGCGGAUUUGCAAGUGGAAGCAGAAGCCAUGGCUAACUGCGCCUUAAUGCUAUUGUCUCGUUUAAACAACAACAACAACACCACGACUUCAAUAGAUCGAGAUUAUCACAAUGGUUUCGAAUGCAAGACUUGCAAUAAACGCUUUCCAUCUUUCCAAGCUCUUGGGGGCCACCGUGCAAGUCAUAAACGGCCAAGAUUACUUACUGGCGCCGGAGAUUUUCUUGUGCAAUCCAAAAAGAAUAAAAUGCAUGAAUGUUCUAUCUGUGGUAUGGAGUUCUCUUUGGGUCAAGCCUUAGGUGGACAUAUGAGGCGUCAUCGUGAUGAAAUUAAUAAAACGUCCACGGCAGCCGGAAAGACAAUUGUUUCGGUCGUCGAAAAGAAGAUAAUACCGGUGUUGAAGAAGUCAAAUAGCAGCAAGAGAGUUUUCUGUGGCUUGGACUUGAACUUAACCCCUGAUGUAGAUGUUGAUUUGAAGCUAUGGCCGACGGCACCCGUUUCAUCUCCAAUUUUGCGAUGUUUUUUUUAAGUCCCCUCCAUUGUUGUUCUAGUACGUAGGAUUAGGAGAAGCUAAGAUGUAGUUGAUUUUUUAAUUCUUUUCGAGUUGUAUAUUUCCUUCAUUCCAUUAAUUGAUUCUUUCACAUAA